GGUAUUUUUUUAAAAAUAUCACACUGCUGUCAAGGCAACGGAACUCAUGUAGUUAGCUAGCUAACGUUAGCAGGGCAGUGAAAAUAGAUGAAAUCAUGUUGCAAAAUGUGAAAGUCAUAUAUUUUAGCCAUAAUUUGCUUGCUAGAGCAAAUAGCUUGUAGCGUUUGCCACGUGAGGGGCGAACUUUAGCAACUCAUUGCAGCUGAAGUUAGCUAGCUAGCUAGCAUAACAAGUUUGUCACAGACAAAAGGGGAAACCAGUAUCUUUUAGUUUGUUUUCAUUUUGUGAAAACAAUAUAUUUUCUAGGUAUUAGCUAGUUAACUAUGGCAAGUAAAAAGCUCAGAAGAACAGGUGUGUCACUCGAAGUAUGCGAACGACUCAAGCGCCACCAAAUCGAAACUUGCCAGCACCUGCUGUCCCUCACACCUUUAGAGGUGAUGCGCCUCGCCGGGCAGAGUUACCAACAGGUGUUGAUGAUGCUGCAAUCAGUCAGUCAGGCCUGUGCCCCCUCAAUGACCACGGCCUUGGAGGUGUGGAAGCAGAGGGCUGACCUAUGUUUCUCCACAUCACUACCUGCCCUGGACAGACUGCUCCAGGGAGGGCUACCACGGGGGACACUCACAGAGGUGACUGGCCCCUCAGGUUGUGGGAAGAGCCAGAUGUGUAUGAUGCUCAGUGUGCUGGCCACUCUGCCAAAGUACAUGGGCGGCCUCGACAGUGGAGUCAUCUACAUAGAUACAGAGUCGGCUUUCUCAGCAGAGAGGUUAGUGGAGAUUGCUCAGAGCAGGUUUCCAGACUACUUCUGUAAGAAGGAGCGUGUGUUGGAGAUGGCUGGACGUGUCCACCUUUUUUGGGAGCUCACGUGUCAGGAUGUCCUGGACAGACUGGAGAGGCUGGAGGAGGACAUCAUCUCCUCCAAGGCUGGGUUGGUGAUUCUUGACUCAGUGGCCUCAGUGGUGAGGAAGGAGUAUGACACAACACUGCCUGGGAACCUCACUCACCGCAGCAACUUGCUGGGCAAGGAGGCUGCCACCCUCAAAUACCUGGCUCAGGCCUUUCACAUCCCUGUGGUCUUGACCAACCAGAUCACGACACAUGUGGGCGAUCGAGGAGAGAGAGGCGCUGCGUCAUUCAGGGGAGCAUCCGAUGAGAGGGAUUCUGAGUAUGUGAUGGCGGCACUGGGCAACACAUGGAGUCAUAGCGUCAACACCCGCCUCAUUGUCCAGUAUGUAGAUGCACACCAACGACAGAUUGUGAUAGCCAAGUCACCUGUGGCCCCAUUUGCUGUUCUAAACUACACCGUCCAGAAGGAGGGCAUCCGUCUAGAGGGAAAUGAUGAUAACCAGGAAGCGUUGCAUCAAGGCACAGACCCGGGCCUCCAGCCAAUCAGAGUGCGGACAGGAUUCAACUACAACCUGACACAAGCCACUCCUGCUGCCGUUGGCCACCUGAAGCGUCUUUGACUCUGGGAACUGUGUGUGUGUGUGUGUGUGUGUGUGUGUGUGUGUGUCAGGGCUCUACAGUGCUACCAUUUUGGGGGCAUAUGCUCCUAAAUAUUUUGCUGUGCUACCAGGAAUUUUUAUUUGGGCAUACCAGUGCCCCUAGAAAAAAAAUCACCCAGGUAAUAAUUGUUGUAAUGAUUUCUCAGCAGCCUCAGUAGUAUGCAAACGUGGUGGCACAGAAAUAAAGUAGAAGAGAGAGCUUUUUCAUAAGAUGAGCUUCAAAAGUAGAGGAUUCAUAUAGGCCCAAUGUAGGUUAUAUCUCAAUCUUAAAAAUCUAUUUUUCUGGUGGUAAACCUUGUAUUUUGUAAUUGCUGGCAAUUCUUAUCAUUAAAAAGGGGCAAUCUGCAGUUAAUACAUCAAAAAAAAUUUAACGUAUAAGUGAAUGAUACAAACCCAUUGUUUCUUGAAGAGCAUAACUUAUAAAUGCCCCAUGAGCUUAGCAGCCAAAAUAUAA